UCAAAACUCUGUUGCCUAUGGACUCUAUUGAUUGGUCAACGAGGAGAUGUAAAAAAUGGCUGCCUUGCAUUCUCCUACCCAGGUGGCAGGGAACCACAGCGCGAUAUACGAAGCGUAUUAUCACCAGGUGGACCCGAACGCGACGGGCGCGGUGCAGGCGCCCGACGCUGCGCGGUUCCUCAAGAAGUCCCGCCUCAGUGACGUCGUGCUGUCCAAGAUAUGGGACCUCUCCGACCCCAACGGCAAGGGAUACCUCGACAAGACGGGGCUGUUCGUGGCGCUGAAGCUGGUGGCGCUGGCGCAGGCGGGCCGCGACAUCAACAUGAGCAACAUCCACGCCGACACGCCGCCACCCAAAGUGGGCGAGCUGCCGCGCGCCCCGGCGCAGGGCCCCCCGCGGCCCGCGGCGCCGGCGCCCGCGCCCGCCGCCGCCUCCGACUGGUCCAUCAAGCCCGGCGAGCGCGACAAGUACAACGCACUCUUCGACUCGCUGCAGCCCAGUAACGGGCUCAUCGCCGGCAACAAGGUGAAGGGAGUGCUGAUGGAGUCCAAGCUGCCGCUGGACACGCUGGGCAAGAUCUGGGACCUGGCGGACCAGGACCGCGACGGCAUGCUGGACCGACACGAGUUCUUGGUGGCCAUGCACCUGGUGUACAAGGCGCUGGAGAAGCACGCGGUGCCGACCACGCUGCCGCCCGAGCUGCGCGCGCGCCCGGCGCGCCCCGCCUCGCCCCAGUGCCGCCCGCCGCCGCCCAAGCAGACCAACGCCAGCCUGCUCGAGGGCCUGCUGGACUUGUCUAGCCCGCCGUCGUCGCAGCCGCCGCUGAUCGCGCCGCUGUCCGCGGCGGGGCCGCCCCUGGCGCCGCUCGGGUCGGCCCCGCCGUCGGCCCCGCUCGAGGCCUCGGCUCCGUCGGGCUGGGCGGUGUCGGCGGCGGAGAAGGCCGCCUCGGACGCGCAGUUCGCGGUGGCCGACGCGGACCGCGACGGCCUCGUGUCGGGGCUCGAGAUCAAACACGUGUUCCUCGAGUCCGGGCUGCCCCAGCAGACCCUCGCGCACAUAUGGGCGCUCUGCGACAUAGAGGGCGUGGGCAAGCUGAACCGCGGGCAGUUCGCGCUCGCCAUGUGGCUCGUGAAGAGAGCGCUGCGGGGAGAGGCCCCGCCUCAGCACCUGGCCCCCAACAUGAGGCCCCCUCCCGAGGCCGCCGUGCCACAGGUACCUCACUGUUCACAUGUGGCUUGUGUAGAGGACGCUGCGGGGAGAGGCCCCGCCCCAGCACCUGGCCCCCAACAUGAGAGGACGCUGCGGGGAGAGGCCCCGCCCCAGCACCUGGCCCCCAACAUGAGGCCCCCUCCCGAGGCCGCCGUGCCACAGAGGACGCUGCGGGGAGAGGCCCCGCCCCAGCACCUGGCCCCCAACAUGAGGCCCCCUCCCGAGGCCGCCGUGCCACAGAGGGCGCUGCGGGGAGAGGCCCCGCCCCAGCACCUGGCCCCCAACAUGAGGCCCCCUCCCGAGGCCGCCGUGCCACAGAGGACGCUGCGGGGAGAGGCCCCGCCCCAGCACCUGGCCCCCAACAUGAGGCCCCCUCCCGAGGCCGCCGUGCCACAGAGGGCGCUGCGGGGAGAGGCCCCGCCCCAGCACCUGGCCCCCAACAUGAGGCCCCCUCCCGAGGCCGCCGUGCCACAGAGGACGCUGCGGGGAGAGGCCCCGCCCCAGCACCUGGCCCCCAACAUGAGGCCCCCUCCCGAGGCCGCCGUGCCACAGAGGGCGCUGCGGGGAGAGGCCCCGCCCCAGCACCUGGCCCCCAACAUGAGGCCCCCUCCCGAGGCCGCCGUGCCACAGCCCGCGGAGGCGCCGACGCUGGGCCCGCAGCCCACGCCGGAGAUGGAAGCCAUCGCGCGCGAGGUGGACGCGCUGGCGCGCGAGCGGCUCGCGCUGGAGGCCGAGAUCGCCGCGAGGAGCCGCGAGCUGGCCGCCGGCACGCAGGAGGCCGCCGGCCUGCAGAGUGAAUUGGACACGUUAACGGCGACGCUGAAACAGUUAGAAAACCAAAAAGGAGAGGCACAAAAGAGGUUAAAUGAUCUGAAAGCACAGGUGGAGAAGCUGAGGUCUCAGGUGGCGGCACAAGAAGCCGCGGCCGACGAGACCUCCGCCGAGGUGGCGGCGCGGCGCCAGGCCGCCAACAGUCUGCGUGAGCGAGAGAGCAUGCUGCAGGACGAGCUGGAGCGAGCGAGACGGCAGGCCGACGAGCUCACGGACGCACACAGCCGCACCGUGCUGCAAGUCAGCCAGGCGAACAUAAAGAUAACGCACCUGGAGGAGCAGCUGCGCCUGAUCUCGGAGGGCGCGGAGGCGCUGGCGGCGGGCGGCGCGGCGGCGCAGGCCGCGCUCGCCGUGCGCCCGGCCGUCGACCGCGCCAGCCUCCACCGCCUCGUCGGCGCCGGGGAGGAGGAGCGGCCGGCCGGCAAGGGGUUCUCGGACAUGAACGGCGGCUUCGCGGACCCCUUCAAGGACGACUUCUCCGCGCCCGCCGCCGACACGCGCGACCCCUUCGCGCCCAAGUCCGGCGCCGUGCCCGCGCAGGCCGGGUUCGCGCGGGACCCGUUCGCGUCGGGCGGCGACCCGUUCGCCGGCGACUCGUUCGCCGACGCCGACAACAAGCGGCCCCUCGACGCCACCUGGGAGGCGGACCCGUUCGCCGCGCUGCACGCGCCCACGCGCGCCUCGCCCACGCCCUCGCUGCCCCCCAAGCGGCACAAGACGCCGCCCCCGCGCCCCGCGCCGCCCCGCCCCAACCCGCCCGGCAAGGUAUCGAUGAUGCCGGUCCCUUCGAGCCAGGGGUGCGGCGUGAUCAUUAUAACACUGUGCACUAACAUGCUAACUCGGCUCGUGCUUGUCCCCACUUGCAGCGCUAAGCGGACGCAGCCCGGAGCGGACACGUGCGUACACUUACCCCCCCCCCCCACCCUCACCCUCACCCUCACCCCUCCUUCGACCCCCCUCCCUCCCACCCGACGCCACCACAACGCUCGCUCACCCGCUUGUUUCGUCCAGACCGUGGACUUCGCCGAGGACCCCUUCAAGGACUACCGCUACGAGGACCCCUUCAAUAUCGAGGACCCCUUCGAGGACGCCGCCGACGGCGAGGACCCGUUCGCGCGCAGCAGCUCCGCCGCCAUCUUCCAGCCCGACGACCCGUUCCGCGGCAACCUCAACGGCUUCCCCGAGCCGGAGCGAGGCGGCCGCGUCUCCGCCCCGCCCCUCGCCGGCGACCCCUUCUGCGGGUCGCACCCCGCCCCCGCCCCCGCCCCCGCCCCCGCCCCCGGGGGCUGGCAGGACGACUGGGCCGCCGACGACGCGUGGGCCAAACCCGCCACCUCGAACGACGCGUGGAACGACAACAAAACGGACAACCGGGCCGACUCCGGCCGGAAAACUGACAACUGGGCCGACAAGACCGACAACUGGGCCGACAAGACCGACAACUGGGCCAACAAAACGGACAACCGGGCCAAAAACGACUGGGCGGCCGACUUCGGCGACCGGAAUAAAAACCUCAACGAGUCGUGGCCGAACACGCUGCCCAAGAAGGAGAAGUCUCCCAGACCGGUGAAGUACGCCAAGAGUCUCGUUCACACGAUAGGCGGGAUCGGUCGCAGCAAGCAGAAGAAGCGGGGCAAGGAGGAGGCGGGCGCGCCGAGCGAGGAGCAGCAGUGGGCGUGGGCGGCGGCCGAGUCGGCGCGCCUGGCCCGCGACGCCGAGCGCCGCCGCCGCCGCGAGGACGCCGAGCUGCAGCGCGUGCUCGCCAUCUCGCGCCGGGACAAGUGACCGCG